AUGUUUAUAAAAGUUAUCCACAAUAUAGUCAACUUGUUCGAUCGUAUGAUCAUGUCAACUAAAGGGGAUGUUGGUCAAUGUAUUCGUGAUGCAAUCCUUAUUGUCCAGGCGCUAACUGAUUAUAUCAAAAGUGACAUGGACAUUGGUGUAUACUGGAACACAUUGAAUUCAAAUGGAAUAACAAAAGAACGACUUUUAAGUUAUGAUAGUCCCAUUCGCAAUGAACCAAAGUUCACAAGCGACCAAAAGGAGGGGCUUUUGCGUGAUCUUGGAAACUACAUGAGAACCUUAAAGUUCAUUCUGGUGCUGAUCUUGAAGUCUGCAAUUUCAAACUACAUGGACUAUAGAUCUGAGGGAAAAGGCUUCAUGGUUGGCGUGAAAAUAAAUCCGAUUUCUGGCUUGCCAUCUGGUUUUCCUGAAUUACUUCAAUUUGUCCUGGAGCAUGUCGAAGAUAAGAACGUGGAACCCCUUCUUGAGGGACUGCUAGAAGCACGUGCAGAACUUAAGCCGCUACUUUCUACAUCAAAUGAUCGUCUCAAGGAUCUUGUUUUUAUGGACAUUGCCCUUGAUUCUACUGUAAGAACAGCCAUUGAAAGAAGCUAUGAAGAGUUAAAGAACGCCAAUCCAGAGAAAAUUAGACAACAACGAAGAUCUUAUCUAUUGCUGGAAGGGAUGGGAUCAAGCACUGACCAUGUUGAAAACAAAGGAGACUUCUACCAUCAACUUUUUCAACCUUCUGCUGAGUACCUGGGAGCACUCCUUGGAUUAGACCAAUGGGUUGUCAGCAUUUUCACCCAAGAAAUGAUCCGUUCAGCAUCAGCUGCUUGUUUAUCAUCACUCAUGAUUCGACUCGACCCUAUUCUCUGUAGUGUCGCUAAUUUAGGGAGCUGGCAGGUUAUCAGUCCAGUUGAAGCAGUUGGAUAUAUUGUGGUGGUUGAUGAAUUACUUUCUGUUUAAAACAAAACUUAUGAAAAGCCAACUAUUUUAGUUGCAAAAAGUGUAAGUGGAGAAGAGGAAAUACCAAAUGGGACAGUUUUUGUACUCACACCCAACAUGCCAGAUGUCAUGUUUCAUGUUUCUGUUCGAGCAAGAAACAGUAAAAGUUUGCUUUGCAACAUGUUUUGACACUGAUAUUUUAAAUGAUCUUCGAGCACAAGAAGGGAAAUUAUUGAGCCUAAAACCUACAUCAGCAGAUAUUACUUACAAGUCAUUCGUUCAUGUGUUAUCAAAUUUUGAAUUGCCACAGUGUUUGUCUUUAAAGUUUGCAUUUUGGCUGAACUUGUGGGACCAAAAAUUUGUAAUUUACUUGGAUAGAAAUUUAUGUUUUAUAACAUGAGGAACUCAC